CAAUGAUGCGGUGUCUAUCUAUGUCUAUGGGUGAGAUAUAUCAGCUACUGCCUCUGUGCUAAAUUGACUUUUGCCAAGAGCGUUACAGAACAGCCAGUCAAACAACUGUCUAUGCAUGACUGCCUCACAACUGCGGAUAACAUUUAAGUAUCUCAUUUGACACAGAGUGGUUGACUAGAAUACAAAAUUAGGUUUGGUCAUAAAUGCCCUUACUUGGAAGCUUCUCCAAAACGCAAAAGAACGGGAAUUUUGUUGCACUCUCAACAACGCAUCUUUAUAUUAAAGAAUAUUCAACAAGUGAACCGAGAAUGGUACCACCACCCAAUCCUAGGGUCACCGACACAAGAAGCUGCACAAGAUGCCUCCGUCAGACCGAGACGAACCGGGGAGCCACUGCGCUUCUUCUAGACAACAUCAAAACCCCAAUCAGGACCGAGUCAUUUCAGGAACUCUACAACGUUAUACCUGGCAAAGAGCUAGGCAGGGGGAAGUUUGCCAUAGUGAAGAGAUGCAUGGAGAAGAGCACAGGGACAGAGUACGCAGCCAAGUUCCUGAGGAAGAGGAGGAAGGGUCAGGACUGCAGAGUGGACGUGCUCCAUGAGAUCGCUGUGCUGGAGCUCACCAACCCUAGCCACAGAAUUAUCAACCUGCACCAAGUCUACGAGACCCUGACAGAGAUGGUCCUGGUGCUUGAGUAUGCGGCGGGAAGGGAGAUCUUUAACCAGUGUGUUGCCGAGGGAGACGAGGCCUUCACCCAGGAGGAGGUCAAAUGGUUAAUGAGACAGAUCCUGGAGGGCGUGGCCUUCCUACACAGGAACAACAUUGUUCACCUGGACCUCAAGCCUCAGAAUAUCCUGCUGACCAGUGCCUGUCCUCUGGGGGAUAUAAAGAUAGUGGACUUUGGCCUCUCCAGAAGGCUGUGUCAGAACCAGGAGCUUAGGGAGAUCAUGGGCACCCCAGAGUAUGUCGCCCCAGAGAUUCUAAAUUAUGAACCAAUCAGCACAGCAACUGACAUGUGGAGCAUAGGGGUGCUGGCCUACAUGAUGUUGACGAGGACGUCACCAUUUCUUGGAGAAGACAAGCAGGAGACCUUCCUCAACAUCUCCCAGAUCAACAUCGACUACACAGAGGAUGAACUCCAGGCCCUCUCAGCCUCAGCCAUCCACUUCAUCCAGUCACUCCUCAUCAAAGAGCCCAAGUCUCGUGCCUCUGCUGAAGAGUGCCUGAGGCAUCACUGGCUCCAGGAGCAAGCCCAAGAGAAGACGGAAGAGAAUCUCACCAGCGAGAUCUGCCAACGGGCACACACCAAGCCUGCCCCCCCUUCCUACCCCCCCUCCCCUUCCUCAUUAUCCUUCUGUUCCUCAUCAUCCUCAGAGGAGGAAGGUCCUGUGGUAGAGGAGCUGAUGGUAGUAGCAGCCUACACCAUAGGACCGUGCCGGCCAGCGGUGCCCAACCCUGAGACUCUGUUUCCGGAUGCGAAGGCCGUUUCCAAGCGGUUCACGUUCGAGGAGCCAUUCAGCUCCCUACAGAAGACCAUCUUCUGAUAGAAGGGUAGGCCUAUAAGCACUCCAACUGUAGAUGGGAUCUUUACUGAUUUGAUUGUAUAUUGUUUACCACACCACACUGUCUUCACUCACAAGCCAAACUGUCUCUGUCUGCGUCACAUUUUUAUAAAUUUUAAUGAAAUUUUAAUGAACUACUGAAGUUUUGUUUGGUGCCAUUCUUUCACAUUCUGUCAAUGUCGUUCAUGUUUUGCUUUUUUGCCAUUAUUUUCCUAAUAUUCAUGCAGUAUGUUCAGCAUUCAUGAGUACAAUUGUUUGCUAUCAUAACUUGUAUUAAUCUAUAUCACUGUGAUUAUUUCCUUUUUGUUUAUUUCUAUCUUACAUAUUUCAUUUUCACUGUGAAUAAAUAAUAAUGUCCUAAUGAAUCUGACAACAAUAGAACAAAAACUCCCUUUCAUAGUUGGGAGACAUUUCUUGUCACACAGAUUCUGUAUAGUACAACUGGAACCAUUGACUAAAUGUUCGUUUUUUUCAAAGUACCGGCUAUAAAGAUAUGAUAGCUUUGGACUAAUCAUUUACUGUUAAUUUGCUCUUUACAGUACCUUCAUUCUCAUAAGGCAUGUACAUUUUGCUCAGGACAGUACUGUUUAUAAUGAAUAUGCAUGACAUGUAAUGGACAUAGCACUUAUUUCCUUCUUGUACAGUAUAUAAACCUGUAUGUACAAUGUAUGUAAAUGUCUUAAGGAUGUACAAAGCAUCAAUAAACAUUGGUCAAAGCAACGACAUUUCUGUGGUGAUUUUAAACCUUGUGUAUGCCCUUUGUCAAAACAAGGUCCAAUGGUGUGCUGAAGGAAUGCAUGUCACAAAGAAAGGCAUUGCACUCUUGUGCUUUAAAAAAAUAUGACUGUCUACUCUUCAGUUGAUAACUAUGGCUACAUGUCUGCGACUGACAUGAGGAGACGGACAAGUGCAGCAGUUCAACCUUCAUCGCACUAGUUCUGGCGACUGGUGAGCAGAUCAGGAAGACCAGUUUGGCUAUGUCAAGUCCUGUCUUUUCUGAUGGUGGUGAGGAGGUCAGUACACUAACCCUCUACAGCACUGCCUGCUUUAAAUUCCGCUUAGUGCCGCCAAGGAGAAGAUGCAUUCAAUUGUAUUGGGUCAAAUGGCCUUUAUGUACUUUGAAGGUCAGUGUAGACUUUCAUUCUAUGGAUCAAUCAAUUUCCUCUGAGUGUCUUUCUAUAGAAUACUAUUGAAGAUUACCUGCCCAAGUGUUUGGGGUCUUUAACUGAGGAUGUGUUGAGGUAGCCACCAUCUUUACAACCUGUCACUAGGAUUUUGAUCUGAAACAUAAAGUAACAUGAAUAUGUAUAGCAAACAGGGAUGGAUAACGGUGAUGCUGCCAGUUGGCUCCCAUACAGGAGGAAUGACCCCCAGAGAGCAGUGUAGGGUUCCACAUGGUUGUGCCGGUCAGACAGGUGGAUGUUGUGGACCUUCGGGGGUGGUGCUCCCAGAAUGUCCAUGGCUGUCUGGUUAGCUUCCAGCUGCUCCAGGGCUAGACGGUGGUGGUCCGAC